UAAACCGAUCGCCGCCGAACGUAGCCUUCAUAUCGAUAGUCAUGAGUAUUCUUCUGAUUUUCGCUGUUAUCCUGCUAGCGGGAGGCGCGAGAGCUGGCUACUGCCCCUCCGCCUCCAGCCUGUAUCCUUGCACCUGCUCAGAGUAUAGUACUGGCGCGCUCAUCAUCUGCGAUGUUAGCUUACUACCUGGAGACGGUUCGCAAGUGUUUGACAUCAUCGCUGGGAUUCCACGACCGACGACGAUCGACAAGUUCUGGAUGAAAAACUUCGGCUUUGAGCAGAUACCCGGUAGAGCGUUCGCCGGCUUAACCAUCGAUAGGAUACACCUGCUCUACGGAGGAAAUCUGACCAUUAUACACGCAGACGCGUUCGCUGGAAUCGGAGGGCUUCGUUACUUUAUCGUAACGCACACGGCGAUGUCCGCAAUACCAUGCCAGAUGUUCCCAACUAUGCCAGGCUUGGAAUAUCUGACUAUGUAUCACAAUUUCAUUAAGACAAUAGACGACGGUUGCUUUAUGGACGCUAGCAAUCUGACUUGGCUAGGUUUGAGCAAUAACGCGAUUACCUACAUCUCCCCUCAGGCGCUGCGGGGUCUGAAGAAACUCGAGCACCUCGAUUUGUCAGUUAAUGCCAUCGAGUAUAUUGCACCGGGAACAUUCAAAGAUCUAGAUGAAAUCACAACACUAUACCUUGAGUCCAACCACCUGUACACGGUCUCAGCAGGAACCUUUGCCGGCCUCAAGAAGCUUAAUUUUCUAAACCUUCAAAACAACCGGAUUUCGAGCAUUGCUGCUGGAGUCUUUGAGG